AUGGCUUCUAAAGCGCUCACUUUCGCUCUACUCAGCGGCAUCUCUGCCGCUCUCGAAGUCGGCGGCUAUGGCGAGACCUCGGCGGUGCUGAACAUCUCGGUGCACACGCCGGCCUGGCAGGAUGCCGUCGCGCGCUCCAAUGCCACCGGGACCGUCUCGCUUCCGGGCUUCAACGUGUCUGAGCCGUGGCCCGGUGCGUCGCUCGACGGCUGGACUAUCAAAUUAACCGGCGUCGACCUCUCACGCCUGCCGGCGGACCUCGAGGCCGAGGGCAAGCGCCGAGUCAUCGGCGAGGACGUCCGAAUCGUCGCGCCGGGGUCGCUCUAUGUGCCCAGCGCCAACGCUUCUGACGGCGGCCGUCCAGUUGUCGACGCCCAUCCCGACUGGCUCUUCUGCGCUUGGAUCUGGUACUUGCCGGCCUCUGGCAAUGCCUCUAUCAGCAACAACCCCGACAACAAGUCGGCGACGCCCGAUGGCUCUUGCGCGCCCUGGGUCAACGAUGCCUGCAUCACCGGCCUCGAGAAGGCGGCUCGCCUGGCCUACGAAAUAAGGCCGGAUGAGGGCCCCUCGUGGGGCGUCCGCCACCGCUGCCUCGGCAUCGAGGUGCCCUCUGCGUGCGGGAGCGGAUAUAUGCAGAGCUUGUCAGUUCUGCGCGACAGAUGGGGCGUCCCGAUCCAGUACCUCAACGGGUCGACCACCUUUAGCGAUGGAUGGUCACUGGAUGGCAGGGACGGACCGAGGGAGGAGAAGCAGAGGUGGCGGACCGUCACGCACAGCUACCGCCCGAUUCUAACGCUCUUCGGGCGGUUCAACGAGGACCCUACGGCUGAGGUUGAGCCUGGCUUUGCAAAGUUGAGCUGCCUCCGGGCACAGGAGCAGGGCGAGGUCUACGAUCCUGAGGUUGACGAUAUCGAUAGCGACAAAGGAGGUAGUAGCAAUGGGGGUGGUGGCAAGGGAGGAGAAGAUGAGAGCGACGCAACCAGUUUGUCGUGCAAGUCUGUGCUUGUAUGGCUUGCGAUUGCUGCCAUUCUGACUUGGUAG